AUGUCACUGCAGCAGCUGGUUGCUCUCGUGCUCAGACUGGUCGGGGAGAUGGAGAUGAAGGCCCGCACCCACAUCACCUUGGAGGGCCUGUGGGGCCCCGUCCCCGCGGUCUGGCUGCUGGACGCCGGCAUCAUUACCGAGAAGACGUUUGAAGAACUGGCUCGGGGCACAAGAACUCCCGAGGAAGUGGCUGCAACGGAGAGCGUGAGGAGGUACCUGCAGGGCACGGGCAGCAUUGCCGGGGUGCUCAUAGAAGCAUCCAACAAGAAGAUGAGCUUUUACGACGCCAUGAAAAACAAUCUCCUCCUCCCUGGGGCUGCUGUGAGGCUGCUGGAAGCUCAGGCAGCCACAGGAUCCCUGACCGACCCGGCGACAAACCAGAGACUCAGCGUGAGGGACGCCGUGAAAGCAGCUCUUGUCGGGGAAGAGCUCACCGAGAAACUCCUUCUGGCUGAGAGGGCGGUGACCGGCUACACAGACCCCUACACGGGGGGCUCCAUCUCGCUUUGCCAAGCGCUCAGGAAAGAGCUGAUUCCCCUGGGAGAUGCGGUUCCCUUGCUAGAGGCCCAGCUGGCCACAGGAGGGGUCAUUGACCCCGUCCACCACCAUCACCUUCCACUCCAGGCUGCGUGCAGAUACGGCUUCUACGACGAGGAGCUGAACCAAACUCUCUCUCAGCUGAAUGACAGCACCAAAAUCUAUUUUGACCCAAACACAAAGGAGAACGUGACCUACCAGCAGCUGAAGGACAGGUGUGUUCGUGAGGCCGAGUCAGGUCUUUGGCUCCUUCCUCUGUCGGAAAAUGCAAUGUUCUGCGUGGAUGAAGAAACCAUGGAGGUGCUGAAAUCUGUGACUGUUUGUGUCAACACAGGGCGGUUCAAAGGACAGACGGUGUCAGUCUGGGACCUUCUCAACUCUGAAUACCUCUCGGACAGCAAGAGAAGAGAGCUAGUGCAGAAGUACAAAGAUGAGAACACUGAAGUGCUCCAUGAGAUCGUAACGAUUGUCACCAAAAUCAUCGAAGAGACUGAGACACAAGGCAAGAAGUUUGCAUUCAAGGGCCUGCGGAAAAGAGUAUCUGCCAAUGAUCUCUUCCAGUCUCAACUGAUAGACAAAAAAACCCUCGAUGAGCUCAACCAGGGGAAGAAAACCGUCAAAGAAGUCACUGAAAUGGACUCUGUCCGCAGGUACCUGGAGGGCAGCAACUUCAUAGCAGGGGUCCUGAUACAGCCGAGCAACGAGAAGAUGAGCAUCUACCAGGCCAUGAGGAAGGGCAUCCUGAGGCCAGGGACAGCACUGGUGCUGCUGGAGGCGCAGGCUGCCACCGGCUACAUCAUCGACCCGGAGAAGAACAAGAAGUUUUCAGUGGAGGAAGCAUUAACUGCAGGUCUGAUCGGAGGGGAGAUUUUCGAGAAGCUGCUGUCAGCUGAGAGGGCCGUGACGGGCUACACCGACCCCUACACCGGCGAAAGCCCCAUGUCCCUGUUUGAAGCGAUGAACCAAGGACUGAUUGUGAAGAGCCACGGCAUCCGCCUGCUCGAGGCCCAGAUCGCCACCGGCGGCAUCAUCGACCCCGUGCACAGCCACCGUCUCCCGGUGGAGGUGGCCUAUCGGCGCGGCUACUUCGACCAGGAGAUGAACCAGAUCCUCUCCGACCCCACCGACGACACCAAGGGCUUCUUCGACCCCAACACCCACGAGAACCUCACCUACAUGCAGCUCCUGGAGAGGUGUGUCCAAGAUUCGGAGACUGGGUUGCACAUGCUACAAGUUGUACAGGAAGGAGGAAAGUACUUCUACAUUGACGAGGUUACAAAGCAGGUCUUGCGCUCAAGGCCCCUGGAAGUGAAAGUUGGAAAGUUUAAGGACCAGACUGUUUCCAUCUGGGAAGUUCUCUGCUCUCAUUACAUCUCCGAGCAGAAAAGGAAAGAACUCGUGAUGCAGUACAAAUGCAAAACCCUCACGCUGGAAGAUCUUACAGCCCUCAUCCUCAAAAUAAUUGAGGAUACAGAGCAAAGGGCAGAAGCCCUCAAGGUGAAAGGACUCCGGGGGGAUGUGUCAGUGUCGGAACUGUUUGACUCUGAGAUAAUUGACAAGAAAACUUUGGAUCAGCUGCAGGAUGGGAGUCUCACGCUUGCCAGCCUCACAAAGAGGGACGCGGUAAAACGGUACUUGGAUGGCACUGGAUGCAUCGCCGGGGUUCUGCUCCCAUCAAGGAAAGAGAAGAUGAGCAUCUACCAGGCCCUGAAGAAGGGCCUCCUGACAGAGCCAUGUGCACUGGGGCUGCUGGAGGCACAGGCUGCCACCGGUUUUCUGAUUGACCCCCUGAAGAAUAAGAAGCUCUCCGUGGAUGAGGCCGUCUCGUCCGGGCUGGUGGGCAGCGAGCUGCACGAGAAACUCCUGUUGGCAGAGAAAGCUGUGACGGGCUACACAGAUCCUCAGGCAGGAAAUAAAAUAUCCCUCUUCCAGGCCAUGAGGCAAAAGGUAACAGCCAAGGAGCACGGCGUGCGCCUGCUCGAGGCCCAGAUCGCCACCGGUGGCAUCAUUGACCCCGUGCACAGCCACCGCCUGCCCGUGGAGGUGGCCAACCGGCGCGGCUACUUGGAUGAUGACAUGUUUCUCCUCCUUUCUGAUCCGGAUCAUGGUAGCAAAGGUUUUAUAGACCCAAACACCCAUGAGAAGAUCAGUUACAGUCAGCUCCUACAGAGAUGUUCCAAAGACAGAGACACCGGAUGGUACCUGCUGCAGGUCAUGGGAAAAAGCGAUGACUAUUUCUACAUUGAUGAGCAAACAAAAAAAGCCCUUUCGUCUACCAAGGUACAAGUGUCUGUUGGAAAAUACAAAGGACACGUGUUAUCACUGUGGGAACUUCUCUGCUCGGAGUACAUCACAGAAGAGAAAAGGAAAGAACUGGUGAAAAAAUAUAAACAGGAAUCCCACCAUAUCCUACAGGGCAUCAUUGAUACAAUACUGAAGAUCAUCAAAGAAAAAGAAGAGGACAGAAGUGACGUCUGGUUCCAAGGGCUCAGACAACAAAUAACAGCUUCAGAACUUCUCAGUGCUCAGAUAAUUACAGAAGAAACAAUGGAAAAACUCCACGAAGGAAAAGAGACGGUGGAAGAAAUAGCACGAAUGGAUACCGUGAGAAGAUACCUUGAGGGGACUGGAAGCAUCGCCGGCGUGCUAGUGCCUUCCAAGGCCGACCCCGCCAAGAUGGAGAAGAUGAGCAUCUACCAGGCCAUGUGGAAGGGCAUCCUGAGGCCAGGGACAGCACUGGUGCUACUGGAGGCGCAGGCUGCCACCGGCUACAUCAUCGACCCACUCACCAACCAGAAGCUCUCCGUGGACGAGGCCGUCUCAUCUGGGCUG